CCUGGAUAAGGGGGCAAUCAGAAAGAGGAGAUAUGGUUGGCUGCUCUCAGUUAAUUUUUCCCCAAUUACUUGUGCUGUUAUCUUUUUUUUUUGAUAAACUUGUGCUGUUAUCUUCUUUGGUUUAAUGGUCGCACUAGACGGGCACAAAGCAGAAUACUGUAGACGCCACAGCAAAGCUCCUCCACACUGACAAUUCGCAGCAAUGCUAGCUUCAACUGCCUUGAAUCUAAGCUCUUUCGCCGCCGUUUCCGUGAAGGAUUUUCCAGCACACAACUCUCGUAAGCUUUCUUCGCAGUUUGGGUUUCGCUCCUUGCCAUUGUUGGCUCUGCCACACGCUUUGCUGAAGCGCUCAAGAACUUGUGUUAAAACCGCCGUAGCCGCUGUCGAAUCAUCCUUUGAUACUGCGGUAAAGAAAGAAACAGAAAGGAAGAAGUAUUAUUUUGUUGUUGCGAAUGCAAAAUUCAUGUUAGAUGAAGAGGAGCAUUUCCAGGAGCAAUUGUUUGAGCGUCUUAGGUAUUAUGGUGAAUGUGGAAAGGAACAAGAUUUCUGGCUUGUUAUUGAGCCUAAGUUCUUGGAUCAAUUUCCUGUCAUUACAAAGAGACUAAAGAGACCUGCAGUGGCUCUAGUUUCUACCAAUGGCCCCUGGAUCAAGUUCAUGAAACUAAGAUUAGAUAGAGUUUUACAAGACUGUUUUGAGGCUGAUAGUGUAGAAGAAGCAUUGGCUUCUUCCCCUGUCAAACUUGAGUUUGAGAAACCAGAGAAUUGGACUGCACCAUACCCUAAGUAUAAGUCUGGAUGGUGGGACCCCUUUUUGCUUCCAGAAUCUCAAACUCAAAAGUUAACAUGAUGAUAAAUGGGUGGGAAAAAGAAGUUGCAUACAUAUAGGAAUUUCUUCAAAUCCUUCCCGGAAGCUACUUCUCGGAAAAGACCAAUAGCCCAAUGGAUCUUAUCUCUCACCAACAAAGCUGCUUGCCUACACAUAUCCUCCGGCAAUACGAUCUCUGGAUAGUCCGGUGGAGUCCUUACAAUUUACAAACAAUAUCAUAUUUUGUAAAUAAAAGUCAUUCCAAGAAAAAGAAAACUGAGAGCAUGUCAAUGGGUUCUCUUCUCAUGUACUCCGUAUUAUAUACAUGUAAAAGUUGGGUUUUGCAAAUCAUGUCCCAGUUCGUCUUUGCACCACAUAUAUUUCUAAUAGACUUUGCCCAUUCAUUAAA